AUGUCUACAUGUAGCAAACUCUAUUCAAUAUUAAAAUCACCUGAUAAAUUGAAAAUACCAUCUGUUGACUCUCAUAUGGAUAAGAACCCCAUGGUCCCAGCUAAACGUCUACAUACGGAGGGUAUUCUGUGGCAAUGUUGGGAAUGUGGCAAAUCGUAUGAAACUGGGUUUCGACUUUCGGAACACCUUCAGAAUUGCAAGAAAGAUGAUGAGGUUUGUGAACAACUACCCGGUUGCCCUUUCUGUCCUCGUGUAAUUAAUCAGUCAAAUGAUGCUCCUUUUCAUAUCCAUUCAUUCAAUACUCAUGUACAUAGAUUUCAUCCAGAAAUCAAGUCUUAUAUGUGCAGCUAUUGCUUGGAUUUAAUUCAUUCGUGCAAAAUCGAAGAUUUAGUAUCUCAUAUCAUCAACGUCCAUAAAAUACCUUGGAGGCCAUCUCCAGCUUCUCUAGCGCAUUUACGAGAAAAUCAACUUCCUCAUCGAGUUGUUACUUGUUUAGGAUGUGGAUGGUGCACAUUUGUUUUACGUGCUAAUAAUGCAGCGCAACCACCUACCUCUUUAGAAGCUCAUAUGAAUCGAUGUUCAUUCAAUGGUGGUCAAGUACAUCUAACGCGUUUAUCUGAAGAAACUUGUAUGUCUGCGUUAGAAAAGUAUAAAGUUUUACAAGAAUCGGAGUUGAUUAGUACUACUUUUGCUCAAUCUUUUCCACACGUACGAGGAUUUAUCGGUAAUUCUGGAUUAAGUAAUAGUCCAUUUCGUUUUCAUCGUUAUUCUGGUAACAUUGCAUCUCGUGCAACGGAUAAUGUUGAUAAUACAUCAAAUCCUAUUAGCAAUAAAAUCAAUUGCCUUUCUACAGAUAAUACUAAUAAUAAAUUAUCAAUUAAACAAAAAUCUAAAUUGGAAACAGUUUUAGAAAAAUCAGAUUUUCAACAAAAAGAAACAUUUUUUGAUAUUCCAUUAACUAUUCCACCUCCACCUCCAUUGUCACGUACUACUACUACUACUACUAAUAUUACCAAUACUACUGGUCAAAUAAAGAAAAAAUCUACUAUUGGUCGUUUAUUUGUAUGUCCAUUAUGUGGUGAUAAUGCAUUGUCUAGUUUACGUGAACGUGAUGAACAUUUACAAUCUUCACAUAAUGGUGAACUUGUUUUCCCUUGUCAGAUUUGCGGAAUGGCCUAUCCUCUUUACAUUGCCCUACGUCGACAUGCUGCACUUCAACAUGAUUCUGACUUUGAUACAGUUCGUUAUGGUCCAUCAGAUCUAUUGGAAUGUGAACCAAUUGAAUGCCCAGAAUGUCAUCUUGUAGCUUUUCAAGAUGCAGUUGUAUUAAAACUUCACAUUAAUCGAGUACAUAAGAAAUUACAACAAAAUAUAACACUUACAUCUAAGGAUUCUCAACCAGUUGAAGAUUUAGAAGUACCUUCCAAACCGCCGAAAAUUAGCAAAACCAAAGCAACUAAUCUUUCAAUUCAAAAAAAGACUUCAUUAAAAACUACUCGCCGUCGAGAUAUUACUGCGACUAAUGCAACUACUACUACUACUACUACUACUACUACAGUAAAUCGUUCACGAACUCAACCGAAAAUUAGUAAACCUAAAGUUAAACAUAAAUUAUCUAUUAUUAGUGGUGAAUCAGAAAUUCUCACUGAUAAUAAUAAUAAUCAUCUUAAUCGUUCAUCAUUAAAUGAUGUAUUAUUACAAGAUACUAAUAGUAGUGAAUUUGAACGUAUGUUAAGUUCAAUUGAUGGUAAAUCUGCUCCAGCAUCUUGUCGAUAUUGUCAUAUUGAAGUGGAUAAUUUAAAAGAAUUACAUCUUCAUUUGGAAUUAGAACAUUUAAAUCCUGAUAAUGAUAUUGAACAACUUGGUUGUCAAGUAUGUGGUCGAGUUUUUUUUGGUUCAGGUGGACGAAUUGAUUUAAUUGGACAUUUACGUGCACUUCAUCAAGAUGAUUUUCUUCAAAAUAUUUUAAAAUGUCCACGUGCUGAAAAAUUCGGACAAGAUAUUACUACUACUACUAAUAAUAAUAAUACUACUACUAAUAAUAAUGAUGGUAAUGAUAAUAAUAUAAGUCAUGAAUCUAUUCAAUCAUGUAAAGCACAUUUCUCUUCACCACGUCUACGUCAAUUACAUAUUUCUAUGUCGAAUAAUAAUAAUAAUAAUAAUAAUAAUAAUACAUUACCAAAUACAGAAUUUUCAUGUCCUAUUAUAUUUAAUGAUAAACAAUAUUUAACAGAUCAAAUUAAAAAUUUAAUUUUACAAACAGAAAUUGCAGCAGAUCAAUGUGGUAUUAUGAUAUUAGCAUAUUGUUGUCCUAAUUGUUCACGUUUAUUUGUUGGAGAUAAUGUGCAUACAAGAUUUGAAUCACAUCGUAGUACAUGUGAAGCGGUAGCAACAACAACAACAGCAACAAUAAGUGAUAAUAUGGAAGAGUCAAUACAUCCUAUAGAAUCAGAUCAUAGUAUUGUUUCUAGUCCACAUAGUAAUGAAGUUUCUGAUUUACCAUUAGAAUUUUUAGAACCUAUAAAAACAUCAAAUGAUAAAUGUAUUACUGAAAGUCAAACUACAUAA